GCCGACUUAGCAAGAAAGUUUAAUCCCUUCUUUAUGCUGGACGCCGCCCAAAUACGAUCCCAACACGAGCAUCGGCGUCCCGCCCGUUCCAACCGGCCACAGAAUAGACCAGAUGCACUCCGCGCUGCAGUGCGCUGUGCUGGGCCUCGGGAAGAACCCACGGUCGAAUCCAACCAACAGGUGACCUCCGUAUCACAGGGAAUAUGGAUGCUCGGCCUUCUUACCGGUGGACUUCUCACCUACUAGCCUUGUUCACUCCAGGAUGGGUCCAAUCAGCUACCUCGGCUGAGAUGGCCCCCUCGCAUUGGGACCUACCUAGGCUAGCGGAGGUAAGGGUGUGUGUAGUGGUAGGUUGAUAUUCGGCAGUUAAACAACUGCUAGCUGCUCGUGG